GGUAUUGAUCUGGGUGUUACUCUGGGUAUUUGGGUAUUGCUCUGGGUAUUGAUCUGGGUGUUACUCUGGGUAUUUGGGUAUUGCUCUGGGUAUUGAUCUGGGUGUUACUCAGCCUCGGGGAAGGGCACGUUAUGCAGACUUGGGGAGUGGCAGUCACAUGACUGUCUGUCCAUCAAGCCAAAAUGCCCCGGUGAGGACUUGGAGUGUUUGCAGACAGACUGCUGCGCUGACAUUCAUCUCUCGCCGAACAUGCAAAGUGGAUCUGGCGUGAACCCUGCGCUCGUGCUCCCGGCUCCUCUCGUCGCUUGUGGAAUGGCUGCAGUCUGGCAGCAGGUGCUGGCAGUGGACGCAAGGUACAAUGCUUAUCGCACGCCUACGUUCCCCCAGUUCCGCACACAGUACAUCCGCCGGCGCAGCCAGCUCCUCCGUGACAACGCCAAGUGCGGCUUUGAGCCGGGCCUGCGCCGGCAGUACCUGCGGCUGCGAGCCCAGCUGCUGGCUUUGCGCUACGGCCCGCUGUCAGAGCAGAGCAGCUUCAGAGCCAGCAGUGUGCGGAGCUCCCGCACCACACUGGACCGCAUGGAGGACUUUGAGGAGGACUCCAGGACUCAGGGCACGCGAGGUCACCGUCGGUCAGUGAGUCGUGGUUCCUACCAGCUGCAGGCCCAGAUGAACAGGGCGGUGUAUGAGGAGAGGCCCCCAGGCGGCCUGGUCCCCACCUCUGUGGCAGAAGCAAGCCGGGCCAUGGCAGGAGACACCACCCUGAGUGAGAACUACGCCUUUGCCGGCAUGUAUCACAUCUUUGACCAACACGUCGACUCAGCUGUUCCUCGCCUGCAGUUUGCCAACGACGACAAGCAUCUGCUUGCUUGCUGCUCAUUGGACGGGACCCUGUCGAUCAUGACACUAUCCCCGCCCCCACCCACUGUAAAAGUAACGCUGAAAGGGCACGCAGGGCGUGUGACUGAUUUUGCCUGGUCGCUUAGCAACGACAUCAUCGUGUCCACGUCGCAGGACGGCACGCUGCGCAUCUGGAACACGGAGGACGGCCGCUGCAUCCGUGAAGUGGUCGACCCAGAAGGCAGCGAGCUGCUGUGCUGCACCUUUCAGCCAAUGAACAACAACCUCACCGUGGUUGGCAACAGCAAACACCUGCUGCAGGUGGUGAACAUCUCCACGGGGAAGCGGGUGAAAGGAGGCUCCAGUAAGCUGACGGGCCGGGUGUCGUCGCUGUCCUUCGACGCCCCGGGGCGGAUCCUGUGGGCGGGGGACGACAGAGGGAGCAUCUUCUCCUUCCUGUUUGACAUGGCCACAGGGAAGCUGACGAAAGCCAAGAGGUUGGUGGUGAGUGAUGGAGGCUCCAUCUCCAGCAUCUCUGCCCGCUCCUGGAUCAGCCGGGAGGCUCGGGACCCGUCUCUGCUCGUCAAUGCCUGCAUCCACAAACUGCUGCUUUACAGGGUCGUGGACAAUGAAGGCACCCUGCAGCUGAAAAGGACUUUCCCCAUCCAGCAUGGCACCCAGCCUCUUCACAGCAUCUUCUGCCCCCUCAUGUCCUUCAGGCAGGGGGCCUGCGUUGUGACUGGCAGCGAAGACGCAUGUGUUUACUUCUUCGACGUAGAGCGCAACACUAAGGCCAUUGUGAACAAACUGCACGGUCAUGGUGGCCCUGUCCUGGACGUUAGCUUCAACUGUGAUGAGAGUCUGCUGGCGUCGUCUGACACUACAGGCAUGGUCAUCAUCUGGAGGCGUGAACAGAAGUAACCACGACGAUGCCUAUCUUCUGCUGCCAUGGUUACAGCAGCUUCUAUGUUCAUCUGUUCCAAUCGCAUACAAUUGAGAAUUCUGAUCUUGCUGUAACCAAGUUUGACAGAGGGACGAGAGAUCCAGUCUGGUGACUGGUGUAAUGGUGGUUCAAAUUAAUUGAAGCUACUGGUUUGUCAAAGUUUUACAUAUCCUGUCAUCCCUGCGCAGUGUUUGUCAGUUUAGUCUGAGUGAGAUGCUUGCUUGAAACUGUGGAAAAUACAUCUGUGCUUUGCAGUUCGUGUUAAAUUGAAGUUAGUGACAUAAUGAAGGAGGGUUAUUUAAUACUGGUGUAUUGUGUAGGAUCUGUGUGUGUGCAUGUGUGUGUUUGUAAGAAAAUGCGUGCUGGUGGGAAAUACUGUUUAAUACUAAUGAGAUGUGUGGCUCAACACUAUGUAUUUAUGCCUGAUAAAGGAACACUUUAAUGACA